AUGGUCAACGCUUUGUGGGCCACGUUAAUAUCGCUCACUGUAAUCGGCCGUGUUCUAGCCAACGAUCUGUUUUCCCUGCCACCCGCCACGAAUCACAGAGAGGAGUUACUCGAGGACUAUGGCCGAUUCGUGCUGUCCACCAUGAACAGGAGCAUCGAUCCCUGCGAGAACUUCUACGAGUUCAGCUGUGGCGGCUGGAAGAAGGCGGACUUGGUGCCGGAACAGGCCAGGAACACCAGUUUCCUGCACGCCAUCCAGCACAAGAUCGAUGAGCAGAUCCAGGCAUUCCUGCAGAAUGCCACCAAAAGGGAGCUGGAGGAUCUGGGAGUUAAUGGCACCAAAUCGGCGGAGAUUAAGGCCAAGCAAUUCUAUACCAGCUGUGUGGAUAUGAAGGCCAACUUGUCGUUGGCCUAUCAGUAUUUUCUGGAACUCGAUGAGGAUCGUUUGAGGGAGCGCAAUGCGACUUACGACUGGAUGUACAUCAACUUUAUGUCCAAAUACGACAUAUAUCCUUUACUGACCCUCAAAGUGCACUACAGCACUUCGUCCAGGAAGUUUGAUAUACUCAUAACACUGCCCAGCAAGGUUUUGGCUGGUCAUAGUGAGGAGCAGUUGAAGAAUAUAACCACAGAGUUUGGCUUGGAUUCGAGUGGCGAGAAGGCCAAGCAAUUUAUCGAGAACUUUAACAACCUCACGAAGUUCGAAAUAAAUUUCCUCUCCUUAGCCAAAACUCGCAAUGAAACAGAGCAGUUGAGUUUCAGGGAAUUCCUGGUGAAACAUAAACACGAUCGUUUGAAUUGGACGCGAUAUUUUGACCUGGCCUUCAAUGGCAGCCAGGAGUCUCAGUGGCCAGUGAUCAAUCAAUUGGAUAAUAUCAACGAUUUGGUUUUCUUUCUGGAACAAACCAAGCUGGAAACGUUAAGAGGUUAUAUAAAAAUGCGAGAGCUGCUCAAGUUUUAUGGCCUGUGGAAAACUCAAACUAAAACAGGCGGAGUUCAAAGUGAAUGUCGCUCCCUGACGGAGACGUAUUUCAAUUACGCUCUGCUGCCCUGGUUUAUUGGCAAGGUUUUCGACAAGGAGAGGCGUGCAGACAUACUGAGUGUUGCCAGGGACAUCAAGGACACGUUCUAUGAUCUGCUGGACCAUCACACCUGGCUGGAUGAAGAUACGCGUUCGCAGGCUAAGACCAAGCUGGCCUCCAUGGACAUUUUGGUGGGCUACACGGACGAUCUGCAGCAUCGCGAAGUGAUCGAUGGUGUUUACAACGACAUCAAUAUGACCGGAAACUGGUUCGAGAACCUGUGCAUCCUGGAGGGCAGUAGAGCCAGGAUACGCCUGCGAUCGGUGGACAAGGCCCUGAUUCCCCUCCUCAUGCCCACGAGAACCGUGAAUGCGUACUAUGCAGAUUUCCUUAACCUGGCCUUCAUCACCAUCGGCAUGGCCCAGUGGCCCUUCUACCACAUAGACUUUCCCGAUGUCCUUAAAUACGCCGGGGUGGGCAAUAUUAUAGGCCAUGAGAUGGCCCACGGAUUCGAUAGCUAUUGCUAUCAGUACAAUUAUGAUGGCAAGAAGGCGAACUGGUGGUCCUCAGCUUCACUGAGGAACUUCAAAGAGCGAUAUCGCUGCCUCGAAUCGCAGUACAACAAGUUUAUUCUGAUGGGCGUGCAAACCAAUGGCACUCUCACCUCUGGCGAUAAUAUAGCCGACAAUGUCGGCACUCGAAUGGCAUAUUAUGCAUUCAAGCGGAAAACUGGCGACAAGGCUUGGUUGGAAAAACCCCUGAGAGGUGUAAGUUUCAACAACAAACAGCUGUUCUUCGUCAAGUUUGCCCAGACCUGGUGCAACGGCAAGGAUAAUGGCGAUAAGCUGCGGAGACUGAAGACUGAUGUCCACGCCUACGACGAGUUCCGGGUGCAGGGCACCUUGAGCAACAUGCCCGAGUUCAGCGAGGCUUUCAAUUGCAAACUGGGCACCGAGAUGAAUCCGCUCAAGAAGUGCGUGGUUUGGUGA